GCGGUGCCGGGCCGAGGGGCCGAGCCGAGGGGCCGAGCGGGGUCGAUGCUGCGCGGGGCCGCGCUGCUCCCCCGCGCCCUGGGCGGUGGCGGCGGCUGCUGCUGCUGCGCGGCCCGCGGCUGGGCGGGCGCGGCGGGCGGCGGCUCCCGCCCGAGGGCCGCCCCAGGGCUGCCGCCGGGCCGCGCCUGGGACCGGCCCGCGGCCGUGGUGGCGGUGCCGCUGGGCGCCCGCGGGCUGCGCUGGGCCGGUAAAUUUUACCAGCAUGCCCCCACUGAGAGCUCCCAAGCCACCCUGGCCAGCGUGUCUCCUGUUUUUGCCGUGAUGAAGUUUGACAAAGAGGGAAAUACUACCUAUUUUGAAAAGAAGAAAACAGAAUUGUACCAGGAGUUGGGUCUUCAAGCUCGAGAUCUAAGAUUUCAACAUGUGAUGAGCAUUGCAACCAGGAACAACAGGAUCAUCAUGAGAAUGGAGUUCUUGAAGGCUGUCAUAACACCAGAGUUUCUUCUGAUACUAGAUUAUCGUAAUUUAAAUCUGGAACACUGGCUCCUCAAUGAACUAGCAUCUCAGCUGGCUGGGGAAGGUCAACUAGUUACAUAUUCUCUGCCCUUUGAAUUCCGAGCCAUCGAAGCCAUUCUGCAGUACUGGAUCAGCAAACUGCAGGGAAGACUUAACACUUUGCAGCCUCAGAUCCUUGAGACACUGGAAGCCCUAGUGGAUCCCAAGCUUUUAUCCGUGGAUAGGAGUAAACUACAUGUUCUUCUGCAAAAUGGCAAGAGCUUGUCAGAACUGGAAACAGAUGUUAAAGUCUUCAAAGAAACGAUUCUGGAGAUCUUAGAUGAAGAAGAAGUAAUAGAAGAGCUCUGUCUGUCUAAAUGGACUGAUCCACAAGUGUUUGAGGAGAGUACAUCUGGGAUUGACCAUGCAGAGGAAAUGGAGCUGCUGUUGGAGAAUUAUUACAGACAAGCAGAAGAUCUUUUAAAUGAAGCUCGUGAACUCAGAGUACUGAUUGACGACUCAGAAAGCAUCAUCUUUAUCAACCUGGACAGCCACCGUAAUGUGAUGAUGAGACUGAACUUGCAGCUGACCAUGGGGACUUUCUCUGUCUCUCUCUUUGGACUCAUAGGAGUUGCAUUUGGUAUGAACUUGGAGUCAUCCCUUGAAGAGGACCCCAGGAUAUUUUGGUUGGUGACAGGGAUUAUGUUUCUGGGAAGUGGUCUGAUCUGGCGGCGCUUACUUUCCUUCCUUGGGCGGCACCUGGAUCCUCCGCUACCUCCUCACGUUCCUGCAGCUUUGAAAAAAUCCCAACCAGCAGCGGGAAGAGUGGACAUAAAGACCAGUCUUAAAGGAGAAACAUUUGGGCUGAGCAGAAGCACAUUAACAAACCAGUAGGAACAGCAGGAAUGAAGAGACUUUCAUUGUUACAGGGUGGACUUUGGACUCUUUCCUUGUAUUUGUUCUUCCUUACUGAAAACUGCAAGAAUUUCUAAACUUGCUAAUUUAAUAUAUAUUUUGUGCCAAAAACCUACAACAAAAUUUUUAAUGCUCACGCACAUAAGGAGAGAAACAUGAGGGCAAAUAGCAAAAUGCUUUCUAUAGUAGUUUCACCUCCACCCCAUGUAUGUGCCUUUAGUUUUCUGUAUCACAUACAUGUACUUACUUUUUGGGCAUUCUCAUUUGUAGUGUUUCUGUCAAAUACUGCUUUGCUUAAUGGCCUUUAUUACAGAGAACAGAAUUUUUGGCUUAAAGAAGGAAGCAGUCAGGAUUUAUCAAUAAUUCUGGUUCUGAACUGCAGAUUUAGGAAUCUGACUUCAAAGAAAAAUCCAUCCCAAGAGUGACUCCCUGAAUGGAUUUUUAAGACCCUAUUUAAUUGCAGAGAACAGGUUUUUCAAAGCAAAAAGCAUACCUGCAUCUCUGAUGAAGCAUGACUCCUAGAUUGGAGGCAAUGAGAAAAAAGAGCUUUGAAAUGUAGCUGCUAAUCUUGUAUAUUCCUUAACAAUUAAUUUAGGCUCCAAACAGCAGUUCUAGGAACAGGGCAAGUGGGCCUAUGGAUAAUGCCCACUUGAGUUUUCCAUCUGACACUGUUUCAACACACAUUGGUACAGCUGCAGUUUAACACCUCCUUGUAUUAAUUCAAAUUCUGGUAAAAAUCAUUGGAUGGGUUGUUUGUUUUUCUUAAGGUAGGCUGUGCUUUCUCUCUUCCCUCCAAGACAAAGCAUGGACUAGCCUGCACCACAGUAAGUAGCCAGGUUAGUUAAAGGUGUGGAAGCCUGUUGUCCUGUGAUAGGCUGCAGGAAGGAGUAAAAGUCUUAUGGCAACUAUUUCUGUUGUUCUUAGGACUUCUCUUUAAGGGUGUAGUUCUCCACUGGUUUCUCUCAGGUUGUAGAGGAAGCAUGAAUUGUGUCUAAAUCACGUCACACUCUGUCCAUUUCCUCUUUGGGAUUUUUUAAUCUAUCUGUAACACAGUGAGCUGCUCCUUAGGUGCUACUGUGUAAAUCAUUGUACUGGCAGGGUUGAAAAGACAGUAGCUGUAGCUGUGAAUAUUCUUCUCAGGACUAAUGAGUCAAAGAUGGAAAUAAAAGGUUCUUAAAUUAAAGUUGUCCAGGCCUGUGAUUCUGGUUUGGUUCAAGUCAGUUGGAUGUGGUUACUUUCCAACAGUUCUUCUGUACGUGACUUUAAGUACAGAUACUAAUGGCAUGAGAAGGAUAAUGGGGCUUGUAAUGCUUUUGAGUUUUUUAGCUGAUUUUUUUGCAGCCUUUAAGCUUAGCAGGUAAAGUAAUAAAAAAUCACCCAACUGAGCAGUCCAAUGGAAAAAAAAAAACAAUUACAUACCUUGCUUAUAAACCCCAGGAAUCUCAGUGUGUGAAGGGAGAUAGAUGCUGAUAUUUUCAAAUGAGCUGUAGUUUCUUUAGGCCAGAACUGAUAUUGGUGCAACUGUUAUGGAAGCUUUCUCAUAAGCUUUUUUGCAGGGAGGCUUCUGUGAACUCCUUUUGACUCUUUACCUGUACAUAACUGACUCAAAGCACAAUAAAAAAUGUAGAGCGAAAGACA